AUGUCGGACAAUAUACUAACGAGACACAUAGCAUUGGCAUCAGGUAACAAAUAUACAGUUCGCGUCCUUACCAGAAAUGCUUCUUCGAAAGAAGCGACUGAGCUGGCAGCAAUUCCUGGAGUGAUAAUCUUUGAGGGAGAGACCUACCACGAACCCACCCUUCGGAAGGCCUUAAGAGACGUGUCUUACGUCUUCGCCAAUACAAAUGGCUUGGCCAUUGGUGAAAAGGCUGAGAUAUACUGGGGCAUUCGCCUUUACGAGCUAGCUCGUGAAUUCCGGGUAAAGCAUUUUCUUUACGCCGGUCUUGAGUAUGCUUCCAAGCUCGGGAACUUCGACCCUAAAUAUCGAACCGGUAAUCUAGACGGCAAAGGGAAAGUGGUCGAUUUUAUUUCUCAUCAACCAACUGCUCCAAUGGCGUGGUCUAUUCUGACAUCUUGCCCAUACAUGGAAGGUCUCUCUGAGUUCAUGCGGCCUUUACCAGACCCACAUGAUCCGGGCACGAUGGUCUUCACGGCGCCUCUAGGAAAUGGAAAGUGUCCGUUAAUCUAUCUUGAGGACUAUGGCCAGUAUUCCCGAUGGAUGUUUGACAAUCUUACGAAGAGCAGAGGUCUAGAACUACACGUCGGCACAGAGGAUAUUGCGUGGAAGGACCUCGCAGCAGUCUUCACAACAGUGACGGGCAUCAACGCAGCCUACAAGGACGUCACUUUGGACGAAUACUUUCAGCUUGGCAUUUGGCCGGAUGCAAAUGCCAUACUCGGUUACUCUGCCGGUUAUGAUGAUGGUUCUUUCAUGACCGUUCGGGAGAACUUUUCUGGGUUCUGGAACACCUGGAAAGAUAAUCUGACGAAGAGGGAUUAUCAGCUGUUGGAUGAGAUUCUGCCAACCAGAGUGAAGAGCGUUAAGGAAUGGAUGGUGAAAACAGGAUACAGGGGGAACUACGCAUCUGUUUUAAAAAGCCGCCGUGGUGUGAUUGAAAAAAGAAGUAUGAUCUUGUACUUAACUCUUGCGUUUGGUUAUUUAAUAAAAUCGUCCAUUUCGGCCCCGAAUCUGUGGUUCCUAGUCCCCAACAUAUAUGUUUCCUUAGGUCGGAUGGUUUACAGGAGACUAUGGUGCGGUCCCUGA